GCGUUUUGAAACAUCAUGGCGGCGUACAAUGUUCUUGCAGCUGUCAGAUACUCAAUAAAUGUUUUACUAAAAGACACUGUUCUGUCUUCAAAGAAUAUAUGCCGACUGGCAGCCAUUUGCACUGGAAGAGGUUACACUAGUUGGAGGAUGUGCAGUUCAUCCGCAUCAUCCUGCUCCAAUGAGUCUCCAGCAGCAGAUAUCUGUGCCUUCAGUGGACACUAUGAUCGCCUAGUUCAGUGUGGCUCCCUGAGAAAAGAUGCUCAGCAGAGAAGUGUUCUCCAGCAGCUGGCUCAGCUGCAGCACACCCUGGAGAACUACCGUAACAGCAUCUACUUGAACCUACCUCCACCAAGGCUAAACUCUAAAGAUGACAGUCAACUUCCAAAAGAUAAAGAUGGUGGAUAUGCUGCAAAGACGGUCCCGAAGCACUCGUCUUGCCGUCUCAACACCAGAACUAAACAGAAAGGAACUAAACUCGGAAGGAAUCACUUCACAUGGGAGGAACCUGCUCCACCACCACCCCCCAAAGGCUUCUAUAUCUAUGGAGAUGUUGGCACAGGGAAGACCAUGCUCAUGGAUAUGUUUUACUCCCGUGUGGAAAACACUCGUAAAAAGAGAGUCCACUUCAACAGCUUCAUGUUGGACAUCCACAAAAGGAUCCAUCGGAGGAAACAAAGCCUGCCAAAACGAAGGCUAGGGAAAAUGUUCACCUAUGACCCCAUAUCACCAGUUGCCAUGGAGAUCAGCAGUGAAACUUGCCUCUUGUGUUUUGACGAGUUUCAGGUGACCGACAUUGCUGAUGCCAUGAUCCUGAAGCAGCUGUUUGAGACACUGUUCAAGACCGGAGUGGUGGUGGUGACCACCUCCAACAGACCCCCUGAUGAUCUGUACAAAAACGGACUUCAGAGGAACACCUUUCUACCUUUCAUCGACGUGCUGAAGGAACCAAUGGGUUUAAAGCUGAGUACCACAGACAAGGAGUACUGCCACACCAUCUGCCUAGACUCUGGGAUUGACUACAGGAGGCUGGACAACAGUGCAGCGGGGAAACUCUACUACCUCACAGGGGAGCCCGGUGUAGAGGCCUUUUUGGAUGCGUUGUUUGAGGAGCUGGCCUUAAGUCAAGAGAGUGUUACAGGCCCUCGGUUACUCACAGUGCUGGGCAGAGAUGUGACUCUGGAAAAGACCUGUGGCUCCAUUGCUGACUGUACUUUUGAUGAGCUGUGUGGCAGACCUCUGGGUGCCAGUGACUACCUGGAAAUUGCACGGCUCUUUGACACCGUAUUCAUUCGCCAUGUUCCCAUGCUGACACUGACCCUGAAGGACCAGGCCAGACGCUUCACCACCCUCAUAGACAACUUCUAUGACAACAAGGUGAGAGUGGUGCUGCUGGCGGCUUCUCCUUUAGACGAGCUGUUUGUCCACAGUGGAAGGGACAGUGAGAGGGACAGACAACUGCUGGAUGAUCUGGGCCUCAGCGGGGAGGCAGCGGAGCGCCUGACUCUGUUCACCGCCGAGGAGGAGAUCUUUGCCUUCCAAAGGACCGUCUCCAGACUGAUGGAGAUGCAAACAGAGUCCUACUGGAUGAAGAGAGACCGCAGUCACAGCAACAAACACGUGAACACCUAACAUCCACCCCUGCUGCCUGAUGCUCAUAUAUACCUCAAGACAACACAGUACCUCACUAACUACUGACAAUACACAAGUUCCUGUUUAGCAGAAAUGGGAAAUACUCCAAUAUAUCCAAGAAAGACUUGAUACCCGCAGUAAAUAUAUAACAAAACUAGAUACCGGUUUUCAAUUAGGAUCUGACUUACCUUUAUCUUAUGCAUGUGUGUUAUAUCAUUUUACGGUUUGGUCCUCUGUUGAGAGGUGUGCUCUCUCCCCCUUGUGGACCAUUUAUUUUAAAGAAUAUGGAAACCUCUCCAACAUGUGUGAACCACAAGGGAAACAGGUGUUUACUUCAGAGAGAUGAAGAGGGCCAAGUGUCCCUCAGAGUAGUUGUAAACCGCCCUCUAGUGGGUGAAGUGGGUUCAAUAGUCUCAGGCUAUUCCUGUUUUUGUAUAACAAUAUCAGUCUCUGUAAAUCUCAACCGUAUACUGUAAAAACCUGGUAUGAAUUAAAAAUGUUAUGCAUGAUAUUAAUCCAUGUAUUCUAUCCAUCAAGCUAAGUAACUGCUGGACUGGCAUGGAUGUAUUCCAAAUCUGGAUUCUUAAUCAUAUCAAGUGAACUAGUGUUGAUUUUGGGGAGGGGGUGUCUUGCAUAAUUACAGGAAAAAGCAUGCACAACUGCAAACUGUGGUAAAACUUCAAUAUAAUAAAAUUGUCAACAAACUA